CUAACUCAUCACUUCAGAUGCACUGUGUUUUUUAAAAUGUUUUAUAGUUAUCCAAUAGUAUACCGCACACUGCUAAGAAUAGGUGGCAGUAGUAUAGCAGGGCUAGGCUACACGCCGCACUCUGUUUAGAAAGUUACUGUAACUUGCUAGCAGCAAUCCUAGUGUGACAUCACAUUUGAAUGAGCAUGCGUUGCUAAUUCAUUCACAAGCCCUUUGUUAGCACAUUCACGCGACGUUGUUAGCUCAUUUUACGACACUGCUAUCUCUUGAAAUAAUAUUACUUGCACAGUUACAUAUGAAAGUGAAUUGGUCUCGAAUUACGUCAGAACCUCAAGUUUACUUUCAAAUCUUUGCUUGGUUGAAUGUAUCCUAAUAUAAAACAGCGCUAUGUAGCUAGAUAAAAUCAAGUGCAAAUCGUAGUUAUUUAGUUUGUGCCGUCUUUUGUUUAUGGUGCUAAAAAGUGAAACAGUGACCUCAGCCACACUGAAAGCACGCUACACACCCACCGCCCAGCAAACACCAAAAGGACGCUUUUCGCAUGACCGAGUUCAUUUGAAUCUGGUGAGGGAGGGAGUGGAGGUCUGCCGCCCGUCCUCUGCACUGCGAGCUGCUAUUUCUUCCGCUGCCUUCGAACAACACAGUCGAUUCGCAUUAGGGCACCGGCUGUAUAGACAGAAGAACAUUGUUUGUUCUAUGACAGCACUAAGGAAACUACCAGUAUUUCUUAUUGUCGAAGAAAGUUUGCAAGUAGAUGCAUAUCAACGAGCAAUUUUGAAAUUCGUCUAGUGAGGUUCGCUGUAGUGUAGGAGGCAAGGUGAUAAGUACCGGCUACCUUUUGAGGAAAAUAAACCCUAAAAGAUCAGAACCUACAGUAUUAUCGUUAGUGUUACUUGUGGGGAUCGCCUUGGUUGUGGCUCAAGUCUUCCAAACAAUGAUUCACAACCGGCUAAAAAAGGAAUUGACUUUGACAGAGGCAAGCCAAGUAUUUGAGUCGUGGAAGAACCCGCCUCCUCCAGUCUACAUGGAGUAUUACUUCUUCAAUGUGACCAACCCAGAAGUGUUCUUAGCAGGGGGCAAGGCGGUGGUCACCCAGAUUGGACCUUACACUUACAGGGAAUACAGACCCAGGGAAAAUGUGACUUUCCUUGAAAAUGGAACCAAGGUUUAUGCCCUGAAUCCCAAAAGCUUUGUCUUCGUCCCAGAGAAGUCCAGGGGUAAUCCAGAGGUUGACAUUCUGAGGACAGUCAACAUCCCAGCUGUGGCGGUGAUGAGCGAGCUGAACUCCUACUCCUUCCUGCUGCGCACCUUUGUCUCCAUGUAUAUGAACUCCAUCGGCGUGGAAAUCUUCAUGACCCGCACCGUCCACGAGGUGCUGUGGGGCUUCAAGGACCCUCUGCUUACCAAAAUCCACAGCAUUAGGCCAGAGGUGGACGAGAUGUUUGGACUGAUGUGGAAGAAAAAUGGAACUCACGAAGGAGAGUUUGUGUUCCUGACUGGUGAACGGGACUACAUGGAAUAUGGCAGAAUAGACACAUGGAAGGGGUUGACUGAAAUGUCAUGGUGGUCCUCUAACCAGAGCAACAUGAUCAAUGGGACGGACGGCAGUGUGUUCCACCCUCUGUUGUCCAGGAAGGAGCUGCUGUACAUCUUUGCUGCUGACCUCUGCAGGUCGAUCCAUCUGGGUUAUGUUGAGGAUGUGGAAGUGAAGGGCAUCCCAGCCUACCGUUUCGCCCCGCCACACGACGUCCUGCAGAGUCCUGAGGAGAACCCCACUAACGCCGGCUUCUGUGUGCCAGCUGGGGACUGCCUUGGCACCGGGGUGUUAAAAGUCAGUGUUUGCCGAGAAGGUGCACCUAUCGUGGUGUCGUUCCCCCACUUUUAUCAGGCAGAUGACAAGUACAUUAAUGCUGUUGAAGGACUGCACCCCAACAAGGAGGAGCAUGAGACUUACCUUGACCUUAACCCGACCACUGGGGUUCCCAUCCGUGCCUGCAAGAGAGCCCAGCUCAAUAUAAUUUUGAACAGAAUUCCAGGCUUCCCCAAAACCAAACAUCUAAACGAGACCAUUUUCCCCAUCAUGUUUGUCAAUGAGACGGCCACUAUCGACGAUGACUCUGCUGCCCAGAUGAGGACCCUGCUACUCAUCGUGACUCUGGUGUCCAACUUCCCUCUGCUCAUCGUGGGCAUGGGCGCCAUCCUGCUCAUUGUCCUAGUCAUCCUGGUCUGCAGGUCUCGCCAGAAGAAGAAUGAAGUAAAACGUAUUGAUUUUACUGAAGCUUUUCAUUCUUUUACUACUGCAAAAGAUGAAACGGCCUACACUCAAGUCAGCGACAAACCAGAGGUUGAACCAUCAGAAAACAACUAUACCAGCCAGCCAAUGAGGAACGGCUCCUACAUUGCCAUGUCUCCCGUGGAGGCUCAGAAGUGUUGAUGCAGGCUGCAUUGUGUGGAGAGGGUCAGGCGGAGCAGCUUGGGCGUGGUAUUAUAACCAAGGCGGGGUUUCGCAGUGCGGCCAGGGUCUUUCACUUUUGGGGAACAACCCCAAUAAAUGUCCAUGUCUAUCAAGAUGUUGCUCCUCUUCUCAAUGACGCUCUUGACUAUCCUACUAUCCUGCUGAGCAUGGCCUUUCUGCCUGCCAUAGUGCAAAACAACAACUCCUGUCUACUAUUACUACUACUGUCACUUCUGUCUGUUCUGUUGGGCUCAGUGCUGGGUUCAUGAAGGAACACCUGGACAACCAGGACAUAAGCUGUUUUGAGUAUUUUCUGCUCUUUGAGGGAAUAAGUAUCAAAUUAGGCAGUAUUUUCACUGAUCAAUAACAACCACUGAGCAGCCUCUAUCAGCCUUACACUGACGGAUGGGUAGUAUUCACCUGAUUAAUGAAGACUAGAGGGUCCUGAAACAUUUCUUUGUAUCAGUGUUUGUGAGGUCACCUCCAAAACAAGCCAACAGAUUAAAACAUUUGGUCGUUUUCCCUCCCUCCCUGUGAAUUUUCACUGACUCAGACUAUAAGUGGUUUUGCUAAUAAAACUGUACUUAUUUAGCAUAUCCUUUUUGUAGAAAAAAGAAAUGGACUAUUUAUAGCAUAUUUUGUCUUUUCCUGGGAUGAAUCCUUCAGUGCACACACCCAAGUUAUCAAAUAGAAUAUGUGACAGUUUGUGUGUGCAUGUCUUACCAUGCAGUAUCCUGUUUUCAUUGGGCUAUGGGUGACUCAUUUUUCUUGAUGCAUGCUCAGUGUAGUAUGACAACUGAGAUACAAGACAUUUAGAAAAAAAAAUCCUUUCCCUUCACCUUUUUCUCCAACACUAGUUUAAGACAGAAUCUUUUGAAACCUUGACAUUUCCUCAGAUAAGGCAUUAGUAAAUAGCUGCUUUCCCAUUAAGGAUUGUUUGGGGAUGUUACCUAUAGCCAAAUUAGAUAUGCCCUAAGCUUUCAUCUCAUAUUCAAAUUGUAAGAGAAAAAAAACAUACCCACAAAACUUACAAAGGAGACCUUAACCUACUUUCUGUCUUACAAUUUUCAGUGUGUUUCUUUGUUGAUAUGGUAAAAAGCUGCAUAUCUUAGUAGUUGUACAUAUGUAAUGGGGAAAUGUCUGGCUACCGCUGACCUAAUCCAGCAAGUAGUCACAAUCUUUUUAACAUCAGUGUCGACCCACUUUGUGUGUCUGCAUCGAUACUUAGAAAGCACAAUUUGGAUUGCUAGUACAGUCCUUAUAACAAGGUGACCAGGUUUUCACAUAAAGACGAAACCCUGUUAGAAACACAGUCGGGUGUGCUGUAAAGAAACCACAGGUGAAUUGUAGAAUAAACAGUUGUGCCCUGCGCACCGCUUCUGUUGUGCAUGUUAUGUCGAACAGAGUCAACUGGCUUGCCAAGGAGCUGUAGGUAUUCAGACAAAUGUGGCACUUCAAUCACUCUCUGUCUGAUAUUUUGAUAUUUUUUUGGGCUGUCAUUGGUCACUAGUCUCUGUGUUGUGUCAAGCCUUUUGGCAGUUGCUUCUGGAAAAAAUGAACUAAGGCCAUAAUACUGUCAACUUGAAAAUUCCUGCACUUUCCCCAAAAAAAGAAAACGUGCCCUGUAUUUUGGGGUUGUGUUAUGUAAAAUGCAAGGGUCCUUCUGUGCAUUUCAGUAGUUUGCCCCAGGGGUGUUUUUCAAUGUGGCUCCUGAGGUGUUAUUCUAGUUGGACACUUUGCCUUUGUUACUUGCUUUUCAGUACAUUGAUAUUAUUAUUUUUUUGUAUCUAUUAUUGCUGCUAAUAAUUGCAUUAACCUAUGGACUUGUAUUUUUCUAUGGAUGAGCCAUCCAUGCUCAUAUUCUGUUUAAGGUUGUUCCAACAGAAACCAGUAUCAUCUCUUUUGAAUUGCUAUGUCUGGUCUCUGAAGCAAGUCUUUAAAUAUUGAAGAAUAUUUGAGCAGGAUUCAAUGCCCAAAGCUUGCUGUCAUUUACUGGAAUUAACAGAUAACUAAAGAUCGCAACAUUGUAACAUCAUAUAUCAUGUUUUUUUAACCACUUCUGUUAACUGAUGAUGAUUCGAUCUGUUGUCAUUGUGGCUGAGGAAUUGUCCAUAUUAGGAUGAUUUAGAUAUUUGUAAUACUUGUUUCUGUGGGUGAUUUAUAGAUAGGGUUUGUAAAACUGGAAACUAUGUCUGUGGAGUUCUAGAUGGAUGCCCUAGUAAACAACGUUUUUAAUUUUUUUUUAUUUCAAGCAUGAUUUUGGUUGUGCAAUUAAGGACGUCUGUCAGACAUGGCUUUGGGGAUAUACUCUGAAACUUUGGUCCUGGUUAUAUUAUAUAUCAAGGACCUAUAAACAGUAGGCCUUUUCGGCUCCAUCUAUAUACAAGCAAUCAUGGCCGUGUGCAAUUAUUGCUGUACUUGUUUAAUCAUCACAGUAUAUCUUACCAUCCUUAUUGACUUGAAUCUAGAAGACCUUAAACCUGAGAACCGUGUGUGUUGUGUGCGCUUAACGGUGCGCGCGCACACACACCUGAGCCAACACUUACCACUAUCUGACUGACUAGUCCCAUUCACCUUUUGUACCCAAUCAUUCAAGUCCAUUCGCUCCCCUGUGCUUGACCAAAGAUAACCUACAUAGAUCUGUUCCAGCUUGUGUUUACUAUCCUCAGAGAUAACGGUUGUGCCACCACCGCCUGCCUACCUUCUACACUAUGGCUGCGUCUGUAAUUGCACCCUAUAUCUUAUACUGCACACUACUUUUGACCAGGGCCCACAGGCUCUGGUCAAAGGUAGUGCACUGUAUAGGGAAUAAGUUGCUGUUUUGGAUGCACGCCAUCUAAAACAGUGCCAGGAACCAAGUGCAGUAUAUUUACAACAUUGUUUGAGUCGUGCUUCUCCCAUCAAGGCCAAAACGUGGUUUUUACAAUUCGAUAAGGAUGAUUAAUAUCAAGCGAACGUCAAAGGGUUAGAAUGCAGCUCUAAUGUGCAAAUAAAAAAUGGAGUUAUGUAUUGACACAGCAAUACAAGGUUAUGUAAAAAUAAAUGUUUUUUAAUCGGACACUUUAUGUAUCCAUAUGUUCUCUUUGUUUUCUGAAUACGUUUUUUUUAAAUGGUGGUCCUGUUUCAUUUCUAAGUACAGUUUAUUUUGUAAUAUUCAACUGGGGUCAUCGCACACAUUUCAGUUUGUAUUAUGACAUUUUUCCGUCUCACAGAAAAAUACAUAUUGUAAAGAUGGUUCAUAAUGUGAGAUAUUGAUCCGUCAGUGAGAGUAGCAAAGCCCCCAAAUGUUCUGAGAGAAUUCCUUGAUGCUUGUGUGUGUGUGCGUAGGAUGAUAAGCUUAUGUAGACCUAUUUUUGUGGAGCUAAUGCACAGUUUUGUCAAACUGGAGUGAUUUAAUUGGAAGGCUGACUAUCUGUAUACAUGUGUAGGGAGAUUGCCUUAGUGCCAGGACAGGCACAAGGGAAGUGUACAUGCAAUCUAACCCAUAGAUGAAUGAAGCCCUCCUUCAGGGAAGAAGGCUAGUGCCAUACAUCCUUUAUUUCAUUAAUUUACUUCAAGUUACCUAUUUGUUUUAAGCAGUGUAGCAACUGUAUAAUGUUCACAUGUCAUUGCGUGUAAGUUUCUCAGUCACCAACUAACAUGCAUUUCAAGUUACUUCUGAGAUAUUUAUCUUUUUUUGCUGCUGAAAAUGACAAUCGUCAUGUUGGGUGCAAAACUAUUUCAAAAGUAAUAUCCUUUUAUUUUUAGUUUAAUAAUUUACACGGCACAAAUGUUUAUACAAUGCUUUUUGUAAACAUUUUUAGUGUAUUUGCAAAAAAAAAUAAAGUUGCAAUGAAUGCAAACAACA